AGUGCUACAAUAACAUUGAGAAAAAAGAAAGCAUAUCAAAGCAUACACUCUCGUUGUCUUUCAACUGUGAGCAGUCAGAUAUACACUUUGAGGAUACUGUGAAACGGAAUGGCGAAAGCACCGGCAAUCGGCAUCGAUCUCGGCACCACCUACUCGUGUGUAGGUGUGUUCCGACACGGACAGGUAGAGAUCAUCGCCAACGAUCAGGGCCAGAGAACUACUCCCAGCUAUGUGGCCUUCACCGACACGGAGAGGCUGGUGGGAGAUGCGGCGAAAAACCAGGCAGCCAUGAACCCCGAAAACACAGUCUUUGACGCCAAGCGACUGAUCGGCAGGCGUUUUGACGACAGCAGCGUGCAGGCGGACAUGAAGCAUUGGCCCUUCAAGGUGGUCAACGACGGCGGCAAACCCAAGAUACAGGUGCAAUACAAGGGCGAGACCAAGACGUUUGCACCAGAAGAGAUCAGCUCCAUGGUGUUGGUCAAGAUGAAAGAGACGGCCGAGGCGUAUCUGGGUCAGCGUGUCAAGGAUGCUGUCAUCACCGUGCCUGCCUACUUCAACGACUCCCAGCGACAAGCCACGAAAGAUGCAGGAAACAUCGCCGGCCUCAACGUCUUGCGCAUCAUCAAUGAACCCACAGCCGCCGCGCUGGCCUACGGACUGGAUAAGAACGCGAAAGGAGAAAAGAACGUUCUCAUUUUCGACCUGGGUGGCGGCACCUUCGACGUGUCCGUCCUGCAGAUCAGCGAGGGCUCGCUUUUCGAAGUGAAAUCCACAGCAGGAGACACGCAUCUGGGUGGCGAAGACUUUGACGGCCGCAUGGUGCAGCAUUUGUGCCAAGAGUUUCAGCGCAAGUACAAGAAGGACAUCAGCAAGAACGCACGUGCAAUUAGAAGGUUGCUGACGGCGUGCGAGCGCGCUAAGCGUACGCUGUCGAGCAGUGCCGAGGCCAGCAUAGAGAUCGACUCUUUGUACGAGGGAAUCGACUUCUAUACGCGCAUCACCCGCGCACGCUUUGAAGAACUGUGUGCCGACCUGUUCCGUAAGACCCUGGAGCCAGUGGAGCAGGCACUGCGCGAUGCCAAGCUGGACAAACGACAGAUCCACGAAGUGGUGCUGGUGGGCGGCUCCACGCGUAUUCCACGCAUUCAGAAGAUGCUGUCGGAGUUCAUGGGUGGCAAAGAACUGAACAAAUCCAUUCAUCCCGACGAGGCUGUUGCAUACGGAGCGGCCGUGCAGGCGGCGGUGUUGAGUGGCGACACGAGCGACUCCAUCCGCGAUGUGCUGCUGGUGGACGUGGCGCCCUUGUCGCUUGGCAUCGAGACGGCUGGCGGCGUCAUGACCAAGCUGGUGGAGCGCAACACUACAAUUCCAAACAAGACAUCGCAGAUCUUCACCACCUACGCCGACAACCAGCCGGCCGUCACCAUCCAGGUGUACGAAGGUGAGCGCGCCUUGACAAAAGACAACAACCUGCUGGGUCGCUUCGAACUGACGGGCAUCCCACCCGCCCCUCGAGGUGUUCCUCAGAUCGAGGUGACCUUUGACAUUGACGCCAACGGCAUCAUGACCGUCACAGCCCAGGACAAGAGCACGGGCAAGUCUUCCAACAUCAUCAUCAAGAACGACAAAGGGCGGCUGAGCAAAGAGGACAUCGACCGCAUGGUGAACGACGCCGAGCGAUUCCGGGAGGAGGACGAGAAGCAGCGGAAGCGGGUGGAGGCGCGCAACCGACUGGAGUCGUACGUGUUCAACGUGCGCCAGGCCGUCUGUGAGGCGGGUGACAAACUGAGUAGCGCCGACAAAGACACCGUCAACACAGCAUGUGACGAAGCUGUGUCGUGGCUGGAUAACAACACCCUAGCAGAAACGGAAGAGUUCGAGCACAAACAAAAGGAAGUGCAGAAAGUGUGUUCUCCCAUCAUGACUAAGCUCCAUGGCACUGGCCAGUCUGGUCCAUCAUUUAAUCAAGGUCGCACGCCACCGUCUACUGGUGGACCUACUGUGGAGGAGGUGGACUGAUUGAUGACUGAGAUCCCUCUUAUAAAAAAAAAAGACAAUAUUGAAACUAUUUAAAGUAAUAGUGCAUUGUUUUAUACCUGACUGAUUAAUGGUAUUAUGUUGGCAUUUUAAACAGUAUUAAAGCUCUGAAAGCUG